AUGAACUGGGAAACCGGUUGUGGUGAUGAUAUGAUAUAUUUUGAGGAAAAGCGAGCUAAAGUAGUGCACAAUGGAGUUGUGUGUGAUGAAUGUGACAAAGAGGUGGUCGGGAUUCGUUACAAGUGUGCGGUUUGUGAUGAUUACGAUUUAUGCGAAGAGUGUGAACGAAAAGGCAAACAUUCACAACACUCAAUGAUCAGAUAUGCCACACCGAAUAUGCCGGUUGGUGAUUCAAUGUUGACGAUUUGUUUGUUCUCAGUUCAUGUUUUCUGGGUCAUUUUUAUUUAG